AUGCCAGCUACUGGGAUGCUGAGUCAGGUAGCUGGCCGGAUGCUACUGAGUCCAGCGAGUGGCUGCCGGACAUCUGUGGUGUCCAUCAGGUUUCUGGGCUUCUCCCCUCGGCAAGUCACAGCAGAUGCCAACUUUCACUCUGUCUCAUGCUCUGAGACAGACCAUCCACGUGUGCUAAUUACAGGGGGUCUUGGCCAGCUUGGAGUGGGGCUUGCUAACUUUUUGAGGAAGCGAUUUGGAAAGGACAAUGUGAUCUUGUCUGACAUAAGGAAACCACCCGACCACAUCUUCCAUAGUGGUCCAUUCAUUUAUUCCGAUAUUUUGGAUUACAAGAAUCUUCGAGAGAUAGUGGUAAACAACCGCAUCACCUGGUUGUUUCAUUAUAGUGCUUUGCUCAGUGCAGUCGGAGAAGCAAACGUAUCUUUGGCGAGAUCUGUAAAUAUAACUGGACUGCAUAACAUUCUGGAUGUUGCAACAGAACACAAUUUGCGAUUGUUUGUGCCUAGCACGAUUGGAGCCUUUGGACCUACUUCUCCCCGGAACCCAACCCCUGAUAUCUGUAUUCAGAGACCCAGGACUAUCUAUGGGGUAUCCAAGGUCCAUGCAGAGCUCAUGGGAGAAUACUAUUGUUAUCGAUAUGGAUUAGAUUUUCGAUGCCUGCGAUAUCCUGGAAUUAUUUCACCGGACUCCCAACUUGGAGGAGGAACAACUGACUAUGCAGUCCACAUUUUUCAUGGUGCUACAAAGAAUGGCAAAUAUGAGUGCAACCUGAAUCCCAACACAAGGCUCCCAAUGAUGUAUAUUGAUGACUGUCUCAGAGCCACCCUGGAAGUCAUGGAGGCCCCAGCAAAGUCUCUGUCCAUGAGGACCUACAACAUCAAUGCCAUGAGUUUCACUCCCAAGGAGCUGGCCCAAGAGAUUCUCAAACAUGUUCCAGAAUUCCAGAUUACAUACAACGUGGAUUCUGUCCGACAGGCCAUAGCGGACAGUUGGCCAAUGAACUUUGAUGACAGCAAUGCUCGGAAGGAUUGGGGGUGGAAACAUGAUUUUGAUCUUCCAGAAUUGGUGACUACGAUGUUGAACUUCCUUGGUUCUGACACCAGGGUUGCCCAAGCUAACUGA